AUGCCUGUAUCAUCUGGUUUUGCUCUGCUGGUCUUUUUGAAGACCUUUUCUCAAACAUCAGCUCAUCAGUGUUUAGGAAACUACUUUGAUACUGCUUUGGCUGAUCUCAACUCCGUGGAGAAAUCUCUCGCUGACAUGUUCCGUCGCUAUGAAAAGAUGAAAGAUGUUUUGGAAGGCUUCCGCAAGAAUGAGGAUGUGUUGAAGAAAUGUGCACAGGAAUACCUGUCUCGUGUCCGUAAGGAGGAGCAGCGCUACCAGGCCUUGAAGAUCCAUGCUGAGGAGAAACUGGAUAAGGCGAAUGCUGAAAUCGCUCAGGUGAGAGGCAAAGCCAAGCAGGAGCAGGCAGCGUAUCAGGCCAGUCUGAGGAAAGAACAGAUGAAGGUGGACUCACUGGAGCGCACACUGGAACAAAAG